AUGGAUGAUCCGUUGGUAUGGGGUUUUCUCCCGUUGAAAUAUAACUUCGGGCUAUCUUCGUCAAACCGAAGAUGGGGGAUGGCCAGUCAUGAUAUAUGCUAUCAGGCCCGAUCCGCUCAUUCUAAGCACGGCGGCAUUGCUCAACCAGCCGUGACCCAGGCAAUUCGACUUCUGUCAAAGGGCCCGUUUCCCGCCGAACCGCACCUUGCGAAGCCUGAACGCCAGAGCUGGAGCCUGCAGAACGUCUGCGUCGACCCGUUUUCGGAUCUCCCUACGGCCUACACUACAGAUGGUGAAGAUUCGCACCUCGCGCCAUCCGCAUACUCCUGCAACUCUUACUCAUGGGUCCAUAUCUUCCCUGAAGGAAAGAUCCACCAGUCACCGAAUAAGACCAUGCGAUAUUUUAAGUGGGGUGUUGCGAGGUUAAUACUGGAGGCCAGCGAAUGCCCGGACAUUGUUCCAAUGUGGUUGGAGGGCUUCGACCAGGUCAUGCACGAGAGCCGCGAAUUUCCACGAUUCCUCCCACGGCCGGGGAAGGAAGUUAGUGUAACUUUCGGGCAGAAGGUUGAUACUGAAGCAGUAUUUGGGGAGAUGCGAAGGAGAUGGCAGAAGCUCAAGGCCAAAGCCGAGUUAGCUUCGCCUGAGACGCGCGAUCUUCCGCUUGGUGCGUUGAGCGACGAGCUUCUGUAUGGUGACGAGGCCGUCGAGUUGCGCAAAGAAGUCACGAAGAAGGUCAGGGACCUCGUCCUGGAAGUACGACGGUCAAGGGGUCACUCAGAUGAGGACCCUAAAGCAGGACUGGUAGAAACGUGGAUGGAAGAAGGUGGGAAGCGUGAGGGGAAGAUGAAGGAUGAAUCAUGGAAAACCUUGGGAGUCGACAUUAUCGACCGUGGCCGGGCGCAUCUGUCUGACUUGAGUCAUGAUGACUCUGUGGUAGACUCCGCUCUAGCCUUAUAUUGCUCACCCCUCACCGUCUUCAUUUCCCUAUCGAUUCCUCAUUACAGCCUAUCGUCGAGCUCCCACAACAGUCAGAAUGAUCGAUUUCGCACCCCAGACCGACCCUCAGUGAACGACCUGAUCGACCACUUGCGCCGGACGCAGCUUUCGCCGUCAGGACUGGACAAGAAAAAUCGCAACAUCCCUCGAUAUGUCACACCGCGAUCCGUUCAUCCAUCUUUGCGAAAUGUCCUCGAGCUCCCCGAAACCCCGCCGCCGCGGCCCCGCCCUGAUGCUCGACGCACCGGACUCGGACAGCGACGAUUGCGGAGGACGCCUGGUCCGCCGCCACCAGAGAGCUGGCUUUCGGGAAAUACUUCCGCAGCGGAGGAUGAGGAUGCUGAGUUGAAUGCUGCUGAGACGGCAAAGAUUUUUCAUCGCCUUGAGCGCCUCCCAGGAUCAGUGUUUCCCGCGAGGAGUAGCUUCCUCCAUGCGGUGCUGAAGUCUAUGGCUAUGCACUGGGCAUGGCAUGUUGAUUACGAUGGGCAGUUUCUUGGCUUUCUGCCGACGCAUAUUAAAGUCCUAUUGCUGAGCUAUAUUGCCUAUUAUGCUAGAAUGCAGCCCCUGGGUAUGCGGGGUCUCAAACCGUUGUUUGACAAUACGGCGGAUGUUGACGUCGUGGAACAUGGUCGACUGGCUGAUGGCAAUUCUCACGUUACACGUCUUGAUCUCAGUGGAGCAUUAGGGAGAUGGAUAUCCUUGAAGCAGCUCUUCGCCGAGUUAAUACUUUCCAAGAGAAACGCUGGUUCAGCCCAGGAUGGUACGACUAAAGCCAUCCCAUUAUCCUGGGAGGACGAGUAUGAAAAUGAUGCAGCCUCUGGUACCGCUGGUGCGAUUUCAAAACCGCUGUCGCAUCUACGAUUUACAAACCUACAGUACCUCUCUUUGGCACAUCCUCAAAAGGCAACAGUAAGCUGGAACUCACUAAUUAACUUGCUUUCCCACCUGUCGACCAUUACGCAUCUCUCGCUCGCACACUGGCCCGUCCCAAUGGUCACACCGAACGCCAUCAAUGCCAGGGUGAGACACCCAACGCACAGAUCCCUUACGUUUUCCUACGGCGGCACCGACUCAUAUUCCGCAAUGGAGAAUAAUUGGGCCGAAUCGGCAGGUAUAUUGCGUAGGCUGUCGCGCGCUACAUACUGCCUCAAAUGGUUGGACCUCGAAGGCUGUGCGGACUGGAUACCAGCCCUCAACUGGGAAGGCGUCGGCCCAAACGGUGAGAUGUACUCUACAGGGCCUGAAUGGAACGGGUCGUGGCGAGACAUUGAAUGGAUUCGUCUUGGUCCCGGAUGGCUCCCGCACCUCCAAGACAGUGAACUUGCCACAUUAAGCGGGGCAGCUUCGACAUCGAACAUAAACGCUCCCAGCCCUCGGUCCCUAGCGUCCUCCAUCCACGCUCCUGCAGCAUCCGACGUAUCGACUGAAACGUGGGACGUCGAACUCGAGCGCCAAAAGUACCGGAGGGCAAAGGAGCUGGAGCGGUUCCGCGAAACAAUGCACGACGCAAAGGAGGUUCAGCAACGGGUGCUACGGGCUAGGAAGGACGGGCGUGGAAAAUGGGUGCAUUUCUCUUUUGGGUUGGAAGAAUUAACGAGCGACGUUCGGGACAGGCUACUGGGCGAGGAGUUAAGGAAUAAGUUCUUAUAGAUGGCUGACAUACUCGCCUCGAUUCAGAUGCGACAGGAUUCAAAUAUAGCGCCCUCAAGGCUUCGGU